AAUUUUCAAAUUAAAAUAUAAAUUAAAAAAACAAGAGUUAAUGUGUUCCUCCAUAUUAGGGUCGAAUGGCAUGGCACAAUCUCGGAUAAUUGUGAAUGACGACUAUGAGCACCCAGAUAAUAUAGAAUAUAUUUUAGAAUCUGUGUUGAUGCCCAGUGAGGACAGCUUAGAUUUUAUUCAGCUAAAGAACGAGUACAACUCUUUAAUAUUACACCAAUGUCAAUGCGAUAAAGGCGACUGCUCAAGAUGCUCACACGGAGGUGCUUAUGAGUACUGCCCAAAAGGUAAAGAAUUGAUUCAAAGGCAAAGUAAAGAAAGCUGCAGUAUCCCUAUUUUGGAGUGCAAUAGUUUAUGUGACUGUCGGCUAGACUUUUGCACAAAUCGACUUGUGCAGUAUGGUCCACGAGAAAAUUUGGAAGUGUUUAAUUCGGCCACCUUCAAAUCCAAAGGUGUGCGUACGAAAGUAAACAUUCCUUGUGGUGCCUUCAUCUGCGAAUAUGCAGGAGAAAUACUAACCAUUUCUGAAGCCAAACGACGCCUAGUUAACAAUAAAGAGCUGGAGUGCAUGAAUUAUGUCUUAGUACUUAACGAAUACACUAAAACCGAUGACUGCCGUGAGGAGAAACGACAAGUCACCAUCGUAGACCCUUCAAGGCGAGGAAACAUUGGACGCUACAUUAACCACAGCUGUGAACCAAACUGUCAGAUAGCGGCGGUGCGAAUAGACUGUCCCAUACCAAAAAUAUGUAUUUUCGCAGCACGCAAUAUUCAUGCUCACGAAGAACUGUGCUUUCAUUACGGUGGAGAAGAUCAACAAGUAGAUCAAGCAAGUGAUAGCAAGACUUGCCUCUGCACUGCUGAUAGUUGCGCUGGUUUUAUGCCAAAUUCCUCACAGUUUAUUGAGUAAAUCGUUUUCAAGUGGAGGCAGUUUUUCUAGUAUCCAUUGCUGUAGUUCCAGGAGCGACGACUUUUUUAGCUCAUGCAGUGUAUUUUUCAAUGGAUUGAAUGUACCAUUGACAC